AUCUAAAUAGGUUGAAAAGCCCAUAAUAUCACUUUUUGCUUCAUAUCUUUGCCGCUUUGCAAACUAAUAGUUUCAAAUACUAACUCUGAACUCUCUGUGAUGGAUACGAACGACCCUUUGGAUUUCGAGGUAGAAGACGACCUUCUGAAAUGCCCUCCAAUUAACAAUAAAAGGAAGAAAAUUAUUGGGUUGGAUGAUCUUCUUAAAGAUCAUUACAUAGAACAGGACAAGCUUUUAGAGAAGAGGAAUAAGCAGAAAAAGAAGGCUAAGACUAAGGCAAAGAAGAUUGAAAGUUCCUAUGAUGAUGAAGAUAGCAAGGAAGCUAGGUUGACUAGGAUUGUUGAGAAAUGUCACAAUCAGUUGACAGCUUUUGGUGAAGAACAAGAAAUUCCACCCUGGGGAGUAAAAGUUUUUGGAGAUAAGAAAGCCUUUCCCCCUCUGGACUCUCCUGAUCUUGGAAGUUGUAACCUUUUACAGUCCUUUUUGAACAACAAGCUAAAUUCCAUGGUGGAAUUGACUGCGGACAAAGGAGACAUUUUUCUUGAAGGGUUACUAGUCAAUGGUUGGCUUUCAAAAUUAGCUUAUCUGUGUGGUCAUGUAGAAAAAACAGUAGCCAUUUGGGCCUUCAACACAAUGUUAUAUUCAUCAAAAGAAGAGCUCCGUAACUCUUCCAGUGACUUUUGGUGUGCAAUUCUUUCUUCUGAAAAGGAGGUUGAUCAAGCACCGGUCAAGGUUGAUUGGUUUCCUGAAUAUAUGGAUAUAAGAAGAGCUCUUGACAUUUAUGGGUUUCUCUUUAAAUUUUCAUCUAGUGCCAAGCCUAAUAAUUUAGAUUCUGACAUUGAAGGACCACCUCAAAACAUUAGAGCUUGGAUCAGAUGUGUCACUGCUUGUUGUCUGAUAAGGAGUAAAAAGGCUAUCUUCUCCACUGUAGAAGCUGAAGAGAUAGUUGAAAUUAUUAUUUGUCUAUUCCUAGAUCGCCAAUUUCAGGGUUUGUUGGUGCUUUUGAAUGACUGCAUGGAAGCGAUUGUCAAUUACUUUACAGACCAGGAAUGGUGCUCAAGUUGUGAGAACAUAGCAAAAUUCAUUGCUUGCAGAGUCUCAAAGGAUUUGAAUUGCAUUCAGACUAUUGAAUGUAUUUCAGAAGCUAGCUCUCGUUGCAAACAACUUAGGAGUGCUGUUGCUUAUCAAACACUGCUUUCUUGUUUUGAUGGAGUCAACAGUGGAGAAGAGAUCCUCAGAUCACUAACACAAAUUAAUUUCAAAGACAAAAAUUGUGAUUUCUACAAUAUGUAUAUUCACUUAGUUUUGACAGAGAAUUGGGUUUUGUCCAACUCAUUAAUUGAAGACAAUCCAGUAAUCUAUGAGAUGUUCUCUCUUUAUCUUCAACACUGUUCUACCUUGAUUUCAGCCACAAACCUACGAUCAUAUGCAUCAAAGGUUCGUCAUAGGGCCUCAUAUCUUCUGCACUUCUCCAUCUACAAAUAGUUUCAGUGGAGAUCUUUGUUAUGACAGAGCAGAGAAUGAGAUCAUCAGCUGCUUAGUUUCACUCUUGGGUAGCCUGAAUGGCCAAAUUUUGAAGGGUGAAGGAUUAAGGAAUGCCAUGUUACUUCCGCACCUAUCAUAUUUUGACUAUACAUCAGAUUCUUCAGACUCCCAGAAUGCACUCAUCUCCUUAAGGAGACCUUUUGAUGCCAUUCUAAUGGCAAAGAUGUGGUGAGGGUUGUUUUUGCUUCUUGCUGCUGCUGCUUCUGGCUGGCAUGAAUCCAAGAUUUGUUGCUCAUCCUAGGUAUAUAUUGUUAGGUGCUAACAUGUAAUAACCUUUAUCAUUGAAAAAUUACAUGUAACGGCAUGUGUUUGUGGCCCUUAUGUUAAAUUCCAAGAGUAUCUUAUUAAAUUCCCAAUUACCUUAUCUUCUGUAGUUUUUUUAUGUGCCUGUUUUUUAUGUCAAGUCAAUGUUCCUCGUAGCAAAGGUGUGGAAACUGCAAACUACAGACACAAGUAACUCUGAUAAGUGAUGCAGGAUCCUUGAUCAGAGUCUCCAAAACAAACAAAUUUUGAUUAUGCCGUA